AUGAAUAAUCUCUUAAUUGAAAAUUUGGAAAGUUGGCAACAACUUCAGAAAAACGCUGUGUCCUCUAAUAUAGACCCUCACUUAUUAACGUUCUAUGGUGGAUCAUGCUGUCCUGUGGAAUUAUCGAGUACCAGUCGGCGUAAAAAUGCUACCAGAGAAACAACAAGUAUGCUCAAAGCCUGGUUAAACGAACAUCGUAAAAAUCCAUAUCCAACUAAAGGGGAAAAAAUCAUGCUGGCAUUAAUUACCAAAAUGAGCUUAACCCAAGUAUCUACCUGGUUUGCAAAUGCAAGAAGAAGAUUAAAAAAAGAGAAUAAAGUUACGUGGAAUCUGCGCACAGAUUGCUCGUCAGAUGUUGAACAAGAUGGCCGUUCCGUUGAAGAUGAUGAUGGUGAUGACUUUGAUGAUGAUUCCGUUGGUGUUAGUCAUACUCAUAACCAGGUUAAUAAUGAGCACGAUUUAUCAACAAUUACCGGUUUAGAAGGCUUAAAACAAUAUUUAAUUAGCAAGCAUUCAGAAAAUUAUGAGAAGUUAUCAAUGGGCAAAUUAUUUGAUAAACAUGGAUGCUUAGGUGCUGUUAUUGAAGGUGGUAGAAACAAACUGAGCAGAAUACGUAGUUUUCCAAACGGCUGUGAUCAAACUGAUUCAAUACCAAAGAAACGGGCAAGUUUAGAUAUUGAUAAAAGCGUUUGUACUCCGACACCUACCUCUCUCCUACUAAAUGCAGAAAAUGAACAAUAUACAGAGAAAUCUGGUAUUACCGUAAAGCCAAAAACAAGAAAAAUUUGGUCCCUAGUCGAUAUAAUGAACGAAAAACACAAUUCUGAUCAUUCUCAUCAUGAAACAUCAAAUGAAAAGAAUCCUAUAGAUUUACAAAACAGUUCAUGUGAAAAUUGGUUUUCACAGAGUAACAGAAAUUUGCAGUCUGCUCAAAAUUUCUUUAAAAGCCCAUAUGAAUUAUCAACAUGCCAAGUUAAAAUGAGUAAUGUAACCGCUGACUCAUUCGAUAGCAGCAACAUUGAUAGGAAGCCAAAAGAUAUCUUGUCUUCAGUUCCAAAUUUUGUAACAGCAGAUUUUGUACCCUCUACUGCAACUGGUAGCUCCAGUCAUUUCCCAAGUGGUUCUUCGUCUUUGUUUUCUCCUAGUACAUUGGCAGCAUUCUACUUGUACUACCAACAACACUUGCAACAUUCACAGGAACAAAAUCAGUCAUCUAUGCCGUCAUCAUUGUCAUCAUUAACACAUCAACAACCAUCUACUGAACAGCAGAAACCCUACACAUCGAAAUUCUGCGUCAAUUCUUCCAAUCUGAACAAUAAUUUACUAUAUCCUAAGUUGCUGCAUCAAAGAGAUGAGAACUUCUCAAGUUUAUUUCACGGUAAUAUUAACAAUUUAGAUUUAUUGAACAGAGAAACACAACAAUAUGCCAGAUCAUUAUGUCUGCAUAGAAAUCAUUCAAACCAUCAAAUCACUACCAGCCCAAGUGAUGAAUCAUGA